CCUCUUCAACCUUCUGCCUACCGGAGGGGCACCUUCAACCUGCUCCGCAGUACACUGGGUACCUCAGUUUUAGAGAAUUAGUGAAAACCCUGUCAGCAGAGCCACCAUGUCCUUUCUGACGGUCAGCCGGCUAGCGCCUAAACUCCUCAAUUCAAAGAACGCCACCUAUGUCCUUGUGGCUGCCAGACAUGCCAGCACAUCAACAAAUCUGAGGGAUGUUCUGGCAGAUCUUAUUCCCAAAGAACAGAACAGGAUCAAGAACUUCAAACAGCAGUAUGGCAAAACUAACAUCGGCCAGAUUACUGUUGAUAUGGUUUAUGGCGGUAUGAGGGGAAUGAAGGGUCUGGUGUACGAGACAUCUGUGUUGGAUCCUGAUGAGGGUAUCCGUUUCCGGGGCUACAGCAUUCCCGAGUGUCAGCAGUUGCUUCCCAAGGCCCCAGGAGGUCAGGAGCCACUGCCUGAAGGUCUCUUCUGGCUGCUGGUUACAGGACAGGUGCCCACUGAGGAGCAGGUGAACUGGCUUUCCAAAGAAUGGGCCAAAAGAGCAGCUCUCCCCUCUCAUGUUGUCACCAUGUUGGACAAUUUCCCCACAAACCUGCACCCCAUGUCUCAGUUCAGUGCUGCCAUCACGGCCCUGAAUAGCGAGAGCAGCUUUGCACGAGCUUAUUCUGAGGGUGUUCACAAGUCCAAGUACUGGGAGUUUGUCUAUGAAGACUCAAUGGACUUGAUUGCCAAGCUGCCCUGUGUUGCUGCCAAGAUCUACCGCAACUUGUAUCGUGAGGGCAGCAGCAUUGGAGCUAUUGACUCCAACCUGGACUGGUCUCACAACUUCACCAAUAUGCUGGGCUACAGUGAUACCCAGUUUACUGAGCUCAUGAGGCUCUACCUCACCAUCCACAGUGACCAUGAGGGAGGCAAUGUCAGUGCCCAUACCAGUCACCUGGUUGGAAGUGCCCUCUCUGACCCCUAUCUAUCCUUUAGUGCAGCCAUGAAUGGCCUGGCUGGUCCUCUGCAUGGCCUGGCCAAUCAGGAGGUGUUGGUCUGGUUGACAGCACUUCAGAAGGAUUUGGGUGGGGAAGUGUCUGAUGAGAAGAUGAGGGAUUACAUCUGGAACACACUCAAGUCUGGCAGGGUGGUGCCAGGCUAUGGCCAUGCUGUCCUGAGGAAGACUGACCCACGUUACACCUGUCAGCGUGAGUUUGCCCUGAAGCACCUGCCCAACGACCCAAUGUUCAAGAUGGUUGCCCAACUUUAUAAGAUUGUGCCCAAUGUGCUGCUGGAGCAGGGCAAGGCCAAGAACCCUUGGCCCAAUGUGGAUGCUCACAGUGGUGUACUGCUGCAAUACUAUGGAAUGACUGAGAUGAAUUACUACACUGUGCUGUUUGGUGUAUCUCGAGCCCUGGGUGUGCUGGCCCAACUGGUGUGGAGCAGAGCCCUGGGCUUCCCCUUGGAGCGCCCCAAGUCCAUGAGCACAGAUGGACUUAUGGCACUGGUGGGGACCAAGUCAGGCUGAACAAGUUGAUGGGAGUGGGGGGGGUGGUAUAAAGGGGAAGGAGAAGAAAAUAUGUCAGAUAUAGGUUGACCCUUGUCCUUCCCAAACCUAGGGAAAUGGGAUUCAAAGAGACAGUAUGCUUUUAAAGUCAUUUUACAAAAAAGGGCCUUCUAAAUCUUCCCACUGUUUCUGUUAAAGUUUGUUAGUUAAACACAGGGAAGUUUUUCCACCAUGCCUCUGUAUUUGGAAGAUGCUAAAAGGCAACCGCGUACACCCUUUGUUCCUCAUAGGCUGAAACCACGUAGCACCACAAGUCUGGUACCGUCACGAAGAUAUUUCUCUGUGAUGUUGGUACUGUGCCCUGUCUAUCUACGAGCACUGGACCAAAACUACAAAUUGAAUGAGGCGAUGGCAUGAAAAGGGAAUGUUGGGUGGGAUUUACUCAUCAGUUUUAUCCGCUACAAAAACAAGACUAACUAGUUGAUAAUCUGACAAAGUUUCUACUACUAUUGACGUAUGCUGUGAUUUGUCUUAGAAGAAGUUGCCAAGCGCUUUUCCCCCCGCUGACAACUAUUGCCCAUAGUUUCAUCUAUGCAAUGUCUCUAGUUACCAUCUAACCCAUCUUAUCCAUAGAUUCCACUCCCAGUACGAACACUCCAGUUUAGGUAAAAGGUCCUUUCCAGUAAAAAUAGCAAGCUCUUAAUGUGUACGAUCUUAAAUAUGGAAAUCAGUUAAAAGAUACUGCCCCUUUAAAUCUUUGGUCUCCCCUUUCUCUCCGACUUUGGUGUCUGGUUUCCCCCCCCCAGUAGACCUCUAUUACCUCUAUGAUCAAAAUAACUACCUUGUUGAAACAAUAGAUAUAGUCCCUUAAUGUCAUUGAAUAUGUUUUCAUAUUUCCAAUGGGUAUUGUGCUCACAGAGUGCUAUGAAUAGUAGUCUAGAGAACUUGAAAAAACAACUGUUCGCAGUACCAGAUUGCUAAAGGGAUUGAGUGAAGGAUGUUGUAAUUUGCUUACAGUAAAUGCUUAAGAGCAAGCUUGAAUAAAGAUGGUCAGUCAAUGGGGGGAUCUUGA